AUUUUAUCCGCUUCAGUGUUAUUUGUUACUUGAGAGUGCGAAGAUGUCUGCACCCGUGAUCGCUUCGGUGUUCGGUGCUCUCAUUGCUCUGUAUUUUUAUCUGAUUAGAAAUUACAGAUAUUGGCAGAGUCGCGGAAUUCCUUGUCCCGAUGGAGCUCUGCCAAUUGUGGGUCAUGUAUGGUCGGUGAUUUCCAUGAAAAUACCUUUUACGGAGUACUUGCGCAAACUCUACAACAACAACAAAGAUCAUAGCAUGGUUGGAUUUUACAACUUCACGACACCGACGUUGCUGGUUCUCGAACCAGAGCUAGUAAAAUCGGUGCUGCAGACUAACUUCGCGAACUUCUCCGAGAACACUAUUCACGUCGAUCCCGAAGUCGAUCCGCUUUUGUCCCACAAUCCAUUCGUCAAUAUCGGCGAGAAAUGGUUAAGCGGAAGAAAAAAAUUGACCUACGCUUUCUCCAACGUGCGACUGAAACUCUUGCUCGAAAGCGUCAAGAAGGUUUGUUCUACGCUUGAUAACUUUUUGAAUGAAAAACUGAGCAAAACGGGAAAGGUGGAAAUAGAACUGAAGGAUUUGUGCUCCAGAUACACCGCGCAAGUAGUCGCCGGUGCUGGUUUUGGUGUAGAAGGAUAUUGCUUCGACGAUAAAAACGCAGACAAGUCAUUUCGAAAAAUCGGUUCAGCCAUUUUGGAACCGAAUCUGCGAACGAAUAUUGUGUUUACUUUAACAUUCUUCAUGCCGUCGUUGAACAAAUUGUUAAAGAUGCCUUUUGUACCGAAGCACAUUGACCAUUUUAUUAGAACAUUGGUCGCCGAGCUUCUAGAACAACGAAGAGCGGACGGGAUACCCAGGAACGAUUUUCUUCACUUGAUGGUAGAACUGGAAAAAAUCGAAGGUGAUAAAUUUGACUCGGAGAUUCUCGCUGCUCAGACGCUCUCUUUUAUCGUUGACGGUUACGAGACUACCAGCUCGGUUCUGAGCUUUGCUUGCUANNACAUCGCCAGGCAUCCGGAAGUACAGAAGAAAUUGCGCGAAGAGGUGACAACUGUACUUGACAAGUAUGACGGUGUGAUAACAUAUGAAGCCUUAAAAGAGAUGACGUACAUGGAUCAGGUGCUGAACGAGUCGCAAAGGAUCUUACACGUAGCAGGAUUCUUGAGCAAAGUUUGCACGAAGGAAAUCGAAUUGAAAGGAUCCGAUGGGCUUGUUUGUCGCGUUAAACCUGGAAUGCAAGUUAUGAUAUCCGUUCAAGGCCUGCAUGAAGAUCCACGGUACUGGGAGAACUCUGAGAAGUUUGAUCCCGAAAGAUUCAGCCCGGAGAAGAAAAAUUCCAUUGAGAGAUUUGCUUUUCUACCAUUUGGCGAAGGUCCACGGAUGUGCCCGGGGAUGCGAAUGGCUCUGCUGCAAAUAAAAGCGGGUCUUGCUGCGCUUCUGCGAAAAUAUACCUUGGAACUUUCCUCAAAGACGCAGCUUCCCUUGAAAAUCAUCGCCGGAACCAUCCUGGUAACACCGAUAGGCGGUCUGUGGGUCAAUAUUCGUAAACUAUAAAAGUUCUUGAUUCAGUAAAAUUUCAGUGCAGUGUUUAAAAAUAUGUACAUGGCUUCUUUGUAAGAAAAAAAAGAUUGUCAUUUCUAAAGUA